AUGGAUCGCCCCAAAGUCACUGUACAUCCAGGUCUAGAAAACUAUGAUUUAUUAAUACUCCAGCAACAACAUCGAUCCCAGGCUGUGUGGGAUGGAAAAUUGACUGGACAGAAUGCGUGUUUAACUAUACGUCGUGCGAAUCAUGAAUUCUGGAAUCACGUGAGGCAAUACCCUUUACAUAAUCACAUCCUUAAUUACUUUGAGAGGUGUGGAUUUGGGGGAGUUUUAGCAGUAGGUAAUGUGCAGUAUGAUGAAGGAAUCAUCACUGCACUUAUUGAGAGAUGGCGUCCAGAGACGCAUACAUUUCAUAUGCGGACUGGCGAAUGUGCCAUCACACUGCAGGAUGUCGAGGUGUUAUAUGGCAUUCCCGUGCAUGGCCACCCAUUGGUGCAGAGAAAUGUUAAAAAUAUUACUAAAUCAACGUGGCGGGAAUUGAUGUACGACCUUACUGGUUGGUUGCCCGGAGAAGAAGCAAUUAUAGGUAAUAUCUUGUUGGUAAUAACACAAUUAUCUAAUCAUUUGGAAAUCUUAAUUGCCAAAAAUGAUAUUAUUAAUGAACACACUGAUGAGGCUGAGGUACAAAAGAGGGUCAGGUUUUACCUGCUUUGGUUGAUUGGUGGCACUAUAUUCCCUGAUAAUACUGGUUCAAAGCUUAGUUUACACUUUUUGCUUGACACAAUAGACCUUGAUGCAAUAGGCGGGAAAGCUUGGGGAGCAGCAGCAUUAUCAUACUUGUACAAUUGUCUAUGCCGUGGUUCGAUGGCUAAUAGCCGUGAUGUUUGUGGAUUUAUUGCUUUGUUACAGGUACGUGAAUUUCAAUAUUAUAUUGCUCUACUUCAGUAG